AAUGAAGUUUGCGAAGCUCCCACACACGAUUCACGGCGGUGAAGUACGCGCGGUGUCGAUUGACCCCUCCGCUAAGUACGUGUCCACCACCGGGCGAGAUGGUGUGGUCAGCGUCUGGGAUUAUGGCAAAAUGCUUGAGCUAGUUAAGGCAGAACAGCCUGACGGUGCUGCCCUCAGCGCGAUGCAGCCGCUUGUGUCAAUUACAUGCCACAUUUCAGAUUCAACCAUCGUGGUGUCACAUGCUAAAGGAGACAAGACGGAAGACAAGGCGGGCGAUAGGGCAGAUGAUGCGACGCGAUUUCCUGCGGUGUCGCCUGAGAUCGUAGCCAAUGUUACUAAUAAUGUCGCAAACGAUACCGCUGCAGCCUUGCCUAUGGGUGCCGUCGCUUUGUCUAUUGCCUCCCCUGUGAUCACCUGUGCGCGCUUCUCUCCCGUCUCCACACAGCUCGUUUCCUGCGACGAUACCGGCAUGGCCUAUCUCACCACGGACCUCACCUCCUCCACCCAAAUCUACUCUAACACAAAUGGCAUCGUUGAUGUUUCCUGGUCCGCUGAUGGCCGCUUGAUCGCCAUGGCCUGCCUCAACAAUAAGUGCGUGAUUGUAGACACAAAGAAGCAGACGACGUACGAAAUCCCUACACCGUCACCUGUCAAAGGCGUGGCCUUCGACCCCACCAAUAACUACCUCAUCGCUCUAGGUGAUGACAAAACCGUGCAGGUUUACCAGUACACCAGUUACACCCAACACCCAGGAAACAAGCUCCAGGUGUUUGGGGAGUGUGGCAUCCGCCUCGUGCUGAAAGUGACCAACUUGAUCAGCAAGCUGGGUCUGAACGUUACCUACAAACGUCUUUCAUGGUCGCCCGAGGGAAACUUCAUUGCCAUCCCCAACGCCAACAAGGGCAACACCUCUCUCAUCUCUGUAAUGGCGCGCCAGAGCUGGCAGCAUUUAUUCUCGCUUGUGGGGCACGACCAUACGUGCGAGGUGGUUGCAUUCAGCCCCAAAGCCGGGCUCAGUGAAGACCAUCGGUUGUUCAGUCUUCUCGCUUCAGCCGGAAGCGACAACUCGGUGGCGCUCUGGUCCACGCUAGCGGACAAGCCGCUCUUUGUGGCGAGAAAUGUCGCCAUGAAGGCCAUUGUGGAUGUGGCCUGGGCGCGCGACGGGCGCAGCUUUGUUGCGGGAAGUCUUGAUGGAUCCAUGUGUCUCUUUGUAUUUGGCCAUACGGAGUUGGGCCGUUUCCUCUCCGAUAAAGACCUCCAUCUCCGCCGCACGUUCUACUCCAAGCCUGCGGAGUUCAUAGAGGACGAUUUGGUGAUCCGUCUGACGGGCAAGGUCAAGAACACUGCUAUCGAGAAAGAAAGUGCUGUACCAGUGUCAGAUAGCGAGGUAGAGGUCGAGGUUAUCCACAGGGCGAAGGAGCGGGAAGAAAAGGAGAAGGAACGUAAGGUGAAUGGAGAGGCUAAUGGGUUGACUACCCAGCGUGUGACAACAAAGGAUGGAAAAAGGCGAAUCCAGCCGAUGCUAGUUUCGGGCGAGACGAAGAUUUCAGGUGGCACAACCGGCGAGUCUUCUGGCGAGGUCUUUGCCCCAGCCUCGACCGCCUCUGCCAUGGAAUUUGACCAGCCGUCCUACUCUAUCUCCAAAACCCUCCACACCCAACUAAAGCGCCGCGAGGAACAGCUCGAGCUCGAGGCCGACCCUCUGGACACCCCCAAACCGAAGCGUAAGCGCAUGCUCUCGCCCGUGGAGUUUAUUGGUUCAGUCGCACACAACCCGCAGAUCGCGUUCGCAAAUGCGCGUAUAGCAACGCCAAAAGUACGCUCGCACUUUGCGCUUGCCGCGCCUGGUGAUGCCGCAUUGGUUCUCGAGGUACGUAACGGCUCGGGCAAUGAGCAGCGUCCCAGCCGCCUUUCGCUCGUCAAGGCAACGCCCGGAAACGCGCUCCGCGCAAGCCAGCAGAUCUUUGUCGACUACAUCCCCAAGCACAUACACUUGACCGCUGGCGGCGAGGGCCUCUUUUGGGCUGUAGCGACGGCCGACGGUAGCGUCUACGUGUAUAGUGACGGUGGGCGUCGGUUGCUUCCUCCGCUUGUGUUAGGUGCGCCGCUCGCGUUCCUUGAGAGCCGCAAAGACUUCUUGAUGGCCGUCACAUGUGUGGGUGAAGUAUAUGUGUGGGACGUACGCGCGCGUGCGGCGGCGUUUGAGCCGGCAUCGCUCUUUGCAAUUCUCGACGCAACUGCGCGUGCAGGUGAGGACGGACUCUCACGUACAGAGAACAUCACGCUUUGUUCUGUAAGCGCUGCGGGGGUUCCCGUCGUGACGCUUUCGAAUGGUAACGGCUACUUGUACAACAAGGACAUGUGUACGUGGUGCACAGUAUCGGACUCGUGGUGGGCAUUCGGCUCGCAGUACUGGGACGCCCAGGCGAGUCGUCUGGACGCACGCCCGGGGCCAGACGAGAGACAUGGCAUCAUCACGUUGUUGGAGCAGAAGACAAAUGAAGAGAUUGUGCGCAAGGGCCGGGGCAAGGUAUUGCAAAAGAUCGCAAAGGUGAUGCUCAUGAAGGAGGGCUUUGAAAAUUUAGAAAACGCAAUCUCGCUUGCCCAUUUGGAGAACAAGAUUUUGGUCAGCCAGAUGCUCCAGGAACACCGCGACUUCCGCAGUUACCUUGUGAUCUACACGCGGCGGAUUGCCGAAAUGGGCUUAAAGACACGGUUGGUCGAGAUCUGUCAGGCGUUGCUCGCGGGCGAGGAGGAAUUGUGUGGAUACAACAAAAAGGAGUUGCUAAAGGAGAUUAUCCUCGGCUGCGCGCAGUACCGGGAUGUUCAGCGUAUUUUAACAUCUUUCGCCCAAGCGAUCGGCUUGGUCAAGGAGGCUUAGAUUCAGAAAAGUAUAUAGUAAUGUUUAUCAGGACUUGAAAUAUGUAUGGAGAGGCGGGAGUAUAACCGAAGGGUAUGUACCUGGAAGUUGGUCAGAGAAAAUGGCUUAGGGGAAUGUAGGUAGGUUUUUAGACAAAAAUGAAUUAUAUUGAGGUUGGAG